UGUAUUCUGAAUACUCGGUAGAAGAAUAAUACAAAAAAUCUAAAUUUCCAUCCACGCUCUUAAACGGUUUUACCGAAUUUUGUGAAUAAGAAGUGUAGGAUUUGGCGAAAGUUGGAGCAGAAUUGGCUUCAGUGCUUACAUGACCAUGAAUUUAUGCCACAACGCAUUUCCCCUCUUCAACUUCAAUUCCCUUCCAAAAUCCAAGUUCCCACGCGCCACCGCAAAUGCUACCGGCGAAGCACCUCUGCCAACCAUGUCCCAAAUUCUAGAAGCGUCGCGAGCGCAGAAACUCGACCUUCACCUCAAAACUCUGGGACCCUUUUUCAGAAUCACAGCACGGAGCUUGGUAACCGACGCAGAGCUCGGAAGGGCCGAGGGGUUCGUAAGAUUCUGGGUAGAUGGCAAAAUCCUUCACUUGGACUCGAUUAAACUACGGAGAGAAACACUGGGCAUGGAGAAAUCAAUCUUUGGCCUUGGCCUGUUCAUUGGAGCCGUUGCAAUUCGACACGGUUAUGAUUCUGGCUGCAAAACAGCGCAGCUAUUGGCCAUCAAUGACUCCGAUCUUUACCAUUCCAAGUUGGUUCGAUUCUACAGUAGACUUGGUUUUAAAGCAGUGUACGAGGUAACGGGGUCCUCCAUUGGAGAUGUUGGACACAUGCUUGUGUGGGGUGGUGUUGGUACCCGCAUGGAUGCUAGUGUUGAAGAACUGAUGGUAAAGUGGUGUACAAGAUUUAAAGCGCCCCAUAAAUAAUUAUGUCACGGUUGGAGGAGCAAUUGAAUUACAGCAAAAAUAACAUAGUAAGAAAUAGGUAUAGCAGAAGAAAAACAAAAGAUGUCGUUUUUUUGUCGAUUUGAUCUCUUUGUUCUCAUCCUAAUGAGAGAUGAAUCAAGAGAAUAUGUACAACAAGUUCUAGUUUGUUGAGAAAUAGUUUGUUU